ACGGCACUUGUUUCUUGGGGAAGGUAAACAAAGCGCACUUUAACCGGAAGUUGUUGUCAGUUGCCACUUCUAUCCACACCCGCAUUUUACGUCCAUGCUCUGAAAUCUUUACAUACUCAAACAUAACUCUGGAGGAAGUUGUCGCCUUAUUGGAACUAUACUUAGUUGUAAUGAUUAUUUCAUUUUCAUGGGCAAUUUAUUUUUUAUUCCUGUCCAAGCCGUUGUUUGGGAAAAACUAGCUAGCUAGCUACCUGUCAUUAUUCCAAUGGUUUGAUGACGUCAACUGAGAUUAUUGACGGAGAUUGAAGCAUCUUUCAGGGCUGCAGAUGGAUUUCUCAAAGUUCCUGGACGACGAUUUUGAUGUGAAAGACUGGGUGAACGGAGCCUUCAAGGUGGUGCAGAAAGAUGCACCGGGGAAGGCGGACGCACACGCCGCAACGCUAGUUAUGAAGCUACAGUUAUUCAUCCAGGAAGUCAACAAUUCCAUUGAGGAGACGAGUAAUCAGGCCCUGCAGAACAUGCCCAGAGUGCUCCGAGAAGUGGAGGCUUUGAAGCAGGAGGCGUCUUUUCUUAAAGAGCAAAUGGUUCUGGUCAAAGAGGACAUUAAGAAGUUUGAACAGGACACAGUGCAGUCCAUGCAGGUCCUGGUGCAGAUUGAUCAGGUGAAGAGUCGCAUGCAGUUGGCAGCAGAAGCGUUGCAGGAAGCUGACAAAUGGACCACACUAAGCACAGACAUUGAAGAGACCUUCAAAACACAGGAUCUUGCAGCCAUCUCGUCCAAGCUGACAAGCAUGCAGAACAGCUUGGCCAUGCUGGUGGACACACCAGACUACUCAGAAAAGUGUGUCCACCUGGAGGCUCUAAAAAACAGACUAGAAGCCCUGGCCAGCCCGCAAAUAGUCUCUGCAUUUAAUUCCAUGUCUGUAGACCAAGCCAAACUAUUUGUUAAAGUUUUCUCAGAAAUUGACAGAAUGCCGCAACUCCUUGCCUACUACUACAAGUGUCAUAAAGGGCAGCUGGUGAACAUGUGGCAGGAUCUCUCCCAGAGCGAGCUCAGCCUAAAUCAGCAGCUAUCCGAAUUCUACGACACCUUGUUCUCCACGUGGCACACUCAGCUCCAGUGGUGCAGCCAAGUGUUCAAGAACCCGUAUGAGGUGGUGACCGUGUUGCUGAUCCAGACUUUGGGCGCCAUGGUUCCCUCGAUCCCCGUGUGCCUGAGCACGGCCAUGGAUCGGGCGGCUCCAGAGAAGUGCCUUGACACCCUGCUGGAGCUCCACCACACCACGCUCACACUGGGACACAACCUUGAGGCCGCCAUGAUGCCACACAUCGGUGAGAAUAAUCUCCUGAAGGUGAAUGAGCUUGUGUGUGCGCUGUACGACCCCUAUAAGUCGUAUCAGCUGCAGUAUGGAGAACUGGAGGAAACGCACCUCCUCAUCCAGAUCAGUGCUGUGCCUUUGGAGCAUGGUGAUGUCAUUGAUUGCGUGGAGGAGCUGAACCACUCUGUCGGGAAGCUGUUUGGCCUGGCAAGUGCCGCUGUGGACCGCUGUGUGAAGCUCACUGAUGGCCUAGGCGUGGUCGGCCUCCUCAAGGCUCUCAAAGCGCUCUUCACCAAGUAUGUGUCCGACUUCUCCACUACACUGCGGUCCAUCAGGAAGAAGUGCAAACUGGAGGACGCACCCACUUCUUCCGUGUUCCGUGAGGACUGGACGGCCUUCCAGAACUCUGUCAGAAUCAUCGCUACAUGUGGCGAGUUACUGAGACAGUGUGGAGCCUUCGAACAGCAGCUGUCAAACAAAAUCAUGGGCACGGCGGGCAAGUACCUGUCAGAGACAUACAGCCCUCGUAGUCUGGCGGGCAUCCAGGAAGCCAGUGCCGCCGAGAGGAAGGGCGCCACCAAAAAUCCUUGGCAGGAGUACAACUAUCUUCACAGGGGCAGCAUGACGGACUACAACUGUUUAAUGGAAGUGCUCUACUCAUUGAAGGAGAAAGGUGCGGGGAACUCCAACCUGUUAGCCGAGCCAAGGGGGACGCUGACCCGCCUCAAUCAGCAGGCUCAUCAGCUGGCCUUCGACUCUGUCUUUCUACAGAUUAAACACCAGCUCUCACCUGUCGCCAAGACAGAAAGUCAAGAGUCACCUGGUUUAGGAGAGAGCUACGCUGAGGACCUGCCUACCUUCAGCCUGUCUCCACAAGAGUACAUCACUAAUAUCGGGCAGUACCUGAUGUCUCUGCCGCUCCACUUGGAACCCUUUGUGGCGCAAGAGGAUCCGGCAUUAGAGUUGGCAUUGCAUGCCGGGAAGUUACCUUUUCCUCCCGAGCAAGGUGAUGACCUUCCUGAGCUGGACAACACAGCAGACUACUGGCUGGGCUCCAUCGCUCGGGCAACCAUGCAGACGUAUUGUGACGCCAUCCUGCUCAUCCCUCAGCUGAACGCACAUUCCACCAAACAGCUGGCCACGGAUAUCGACUAUUUGAGCAACGUGAUGGAUGCUCUCGGGCUGCAGCCGUCUCGCAGCCUCCAGCAUAUCGUCACCCUGCUGAGGACCAAGCCAGAAGACUACAAACAAACCUCCAAACAGUUACCUCGGAGACUGGCGUCUACUAUCGGCGCCCUCCGCUCCAUUGACUUCUAAAAACAUCCCCUUCUCCCUCAAUUUGCAUAUAUCCAUUGAAGCGACGGUUUGUAUAUCAACAUAUUUUUUAUUUCUGUGCACUACAUCGGGAAGCAUCGACGAUUGGAGGUGUUGGUAUUGUCUGUAGCUUUUUCUUUGAUACUUUGCAAAAUCAGGGUAUAUGUAAUGGCAUUUACUUACUUACUUAUGCUAAUAUUGCUAAUUACAGUUGAAUGAAGGUUUCUAGCAUAAACAGUGUCUUCUUUUUGGGUUGUGUGAGGACAGGACCUUUUCAAUAUAUUUUUAAGUAUUCUAUAAAUGUGUACAUAAAGCAUUUACACAAUAUUAUAAUGGUGUCCAAAUGUUAUUUCAUGCAAUUAAGAAAAUGUUUUAAUGGUGGCCUACAGAUUUGUCAUUUGAAUGACAUCAGAGAGGCUGGAGUUUGGUUCAAAACUCUUGAGUGACUG